AUGCCAAAGCUGAGCCUACAGUAUAAACAAACUAAUGCAUUGGUUGGACAAAAUCUUGAUCAAAACCUUUUGGCUCCUGAUGAGCAAAUGAAUAUAACAAGUCAAACUUCAUGGUGGACUUAUAUGAAGUUUGAUGUCAAUAAUAUCAGCUGCGGGCAGUGCGGCAGGAAUUUAAAUGGUGGAGUCCCGGCUCAUUGUUUUACAAGGCCUGUGGAAGCCUUUGAGAUUCUUCAAUCCCAAGCUGAGUUAAACACACCUGAUCUUGAUGAACGUUCAAGUGACUCUGCCACUAAAUAUCGGUGGGAUUCUAGGCAUGGGCAGGCUUGA